CUCUUUCUCUCUCCUUCGCUCUCUCUCUCUCUCUCUCUCUCUCUCUCUCUCAUCAAUAAUACAUACACACAUUUUCUCUUGUCGUACACUUUGUUCCUGCCCAUCAAAAAAACCCUUUUGAAUCAUCCUCUGAAUUCCCCCAAGAAUUUCUUUGAUCUUCUCUCACAUUCUCUCUCUACAUUCUCAUCUAAAAUUCAGCAAAAUUUUCUCUCCUCUGUUUUCUUGUGAAGAAAAGAAGAAAUGAAGAGAACCCAAAGAGUGAAGCUUUCUUUUUUCAGUCUUGUGAUGCUAUUAUCAUCAAGAAAUAUGCCAUUUGUUGGUGCAAAUUCGUGGGUUGGUUCAAAGUACCAGAUCGAAUGUACAAUGUGCUCAGCCUGUGACAACCCAUGCACCCAAACACCAUCUCCACCACCACCCGUACCAUCGUCUCCACCACCACCUUCACCGCCACCGCCACCGCCAUCUCCCUCCUCCAAAUGCCCUCCACCACCCUCACCUCCCUCAGGCUCAAACUACAACCCUCCACCACCACCCUCCACGUACACCUACUCAUCGCCGCCGCCGCCAGGGGGUCCAAUUGGGUACUACUACCCCUCUCCGCCGAACAAGAGCUAUCCCACAGGACCAGUAACACCUCCUCCAAACCCAAUUAUGCCGUACUACCCAUAUUACUUUUAUAGCCCCCCACGACCUUCUCCAUCUGGGUCUGAACAAUUGUCUGGUUUUACGGCUUACUUGAUCACUCUGCUUUUUAUCUUCUUCAUAUUUUUGCUCUGAAACUAUGGGUUAUAAGGCAUUUGGAAAAUAAAGUGUCAGAUUCACAGAUCUACAAGCUUGGAGAUGUCAGAGAAAAAGAGGGUUUUGAUCAAAAUUAGAGAAAUUGAUGGCGGUGGAAAUCUUCUAAUUUCUAAGAAUUGUUUGAGUCUGCAGUUGAAGAAAAACAGAGGACUUCUCUGGGAGGAGUAAUUAAUGGUGAUGAUGACUAAAGUAAAUGUCCUGUCUGUCUCUCUCUCUCUCUCUCUCCCUGUUGGGUAAUCUGUAAAUUCUUGACAAUUUAUGCCUCUUUUCUUGGUAAUUUAGUUUAUCUUUUAAUAGAAUGUGAGAAAAUUAGUCAUUUUUCCUCAAUAUUAAGUGUCAAUUAUAAACUCUACAAGUUCUUGUAUUGUUUUUAUCUCUUUGUUGUUUAUCAAGUCAUGC